GCGCGGGCGGCGACGGCUAGCGGUUAUCACCUCCCGCAAGUGCCAGAGCCCGGCGGGCCGCGCGGAGGCUGCGCUGCCCGUGGCCGCGGAGCUGGCCCUGCGGGGCCCCGGGGGGGGAGGGGAGCCGCCAAGCCCCCGCCGAGGCCGCCGCUGCCGGGCCUCCCCUCCCCCCCCGGGCGGGCGCCAUGCGGGGGGGCGCAAGCGACGCGGAGCGGCGGCAGCGCUGGGGUCGCCUCUUCGAGGAGCUGGACAGUAACAAGGAUGGCCGCGUGGACGUGCACGAGUUGCGCCAGGGACUGGCCAGGCUGGGCGGGGGCGACCCAGACCUCGGCGCCCGACAGGCCAUCUCCCCCGAGGGUGACGCUGACCCAGAUGCAGGGCUCAACCUGGAGGAAUUUUCCCAGUACCUGCAAGAGCGGGAGCAGCGCCUGCUGCUCAUGUUCCACAGCCUUGACCGAAAUCAGGACGGUCACAUCGAUGUCUCUGAGAUCCAGCAGAGUUUCCGAGCUCUGGGCAUCUCCAUCUCGCUGGAACAAGCCCAGAAGAUUCUGCACAGCAUGGACCGAGACGGCACGAUGACCAUUGACUGGCAGGAAUGGCGCGACCACUUCCUGCUGCACUCCCUGGAAAACGUGGAGGAUGUGCUGUUUUUCUGGAAGCAUUCCACAGUCCUGGACAUCGGCGAGUGCCUGACGGUGCCGGAUGAGUUCUCCCAGAAGGAGAAACUCACAGGCAUGUGGUGGAAGCAGCUGGUGGCCGGCGCCGUGGCAGGGGCUGUGUCUCGCACAGGCACGGCCCCCCUGGACCGCCUCAAAGUCUUCAUGCAGGUCCACGCCUCAAAGACCAACCGACUACACAUCCUGGGGGGCCUGCAGAGCAUGAUCCGCGAGGGGGGCGUCCUCUCCCUGUGGCGCGGCAAUGGCAUCAACGUGCUCAAGAUCGCCCCGGAGUCGGCCAUCAAGUUCAUGGCCUACGAGCAGAUCAAGCGGGCCAUCCGGGGGCAGCAGGAGACGUUGCAUGUGCAGGAACGCUUUGUGGCCGGCUCCCUGGCUGGCGCCACGGCCCAGACCAUCAUCUACCCCAUGGAGGUGCUGAAGACGCGGCUGACGCUGCGCCGCACCGGCCAGUACCAGGGGCUGCUGGACUGCGCGAGGCAGAUCCUGGAGCGGGAGGGGCCUCGAGCCUUCUACCGCGGCUACCUGCCCAACAUGCUGGGCAUCAUCCCCUACGCGGGCAUCGACCUGGCCGUCUACGAGACCCUGAAGAACCGGUGGCUCCAGCAGUACAGCCACGAGUCAGCCAACCCGGGGAUCCUCGUGCUCCUGGCCUGCGGCACCGUCUCCAGCACCUGCGGCCAGAUAGCCAGUUACCCCCUGGCCCUGGUCCGGACACGCAUGCAGGCCCAAGCCUCCGUGGAGGGCGCCCCCCAGCACUCCAUGCUAGGCCUGCUGCGGCACAUCCUGGCCCAAGAGGGCGUGUGGGGCCUCUACCGGGGCAUCGCGCCCAACUUCAUGAAGGUCGUUCCGGCCGUGAGCAUCUCCUACGUGGUCUACGAGAACAUGAAGCAGGCCCUGGGGGUCACGUCCAGAGCCCUGCAUCUCCAAGCUCAGCCACUGGAUUCUGGAUGACAAGAAACCUCAGCCACAGGAUCCUGACAAUGCGGUGCCAGAGCCCGGGGCCCCAAGCACUGGAUCCCAGAUCCCCUCACCCCGGCCACUGGAUUUCUGAAUUCCUUUACCUCGACACGGGGGUCCCAGACCCUUCUGCUUCGACUGCCAGAUCCCUGCAUUCCAAGUGCGACGCCCUCAGUUCCCCAAACCCUGGAUCCCAGCUUCCCGAGCCCCGACCCACUGGAUCCUGGCUCCUAAAACCACAACCAGCGGGAGCCCAGAUGCACAGCAGGUGGAUCCUGGCAACUGCGGCUGCUGGAUUCCAGAUUCUAGAUCCCAGGUCCCUUCACCCCAGUCACCGGAUACUGAGACCACAUCUGUAGAAGGCAGACCCCCACUCCCCAGCUCCAGCACUGGAUCCCAAGCUCUUAACCCCUGGCUUUUGGUUGGAUCCUGAAUGUUCACACACCCUCCUCCACCCCCAAGUCUAGGUCCCCGUAGUCUGAUCCCAGCAUCGUGGCUCCCUCGUGCUGCAGCCCAGAGCUCUCUCCCUUUCCCAGUGAUUGGGGGAAUUACCCUAAGGAGCUUCCACCUUCCACGGAUGCCCAGGUCCUCACCACCAGGCUCCAGAAAACCUGGGUCUGUCGCAGGUCCUGCCAUGGCUUGACUCCUGGCCAGGCUACAAGGAAAGUAAUGCAGCUCCCCCCACUUGCACAGAAAGAUGCCAGGUCCCCCCCAAACCUCCCAGCAUGGCCACACCUGGCCCUGUGGGGAAACUGCCCCCCUCAGACCACGGCACGCACCCUCUGUGGCAUCUUCCCUCCCCUUCCCACUGCAUGGUUUAAUAACCCUCCCGGUGCCCAGGUGCCCCCUUCCUCGGGAGAGGCCACUCAUUUGGGGAGCGGGCGGGGAUGCCAGGCUCCGCAGCCAGCCCCUCCCCAGGCUUCGGAGUCGGAAGCCGGGACCAAACCCACGAGGACCACACUUGCACACACGCGAACCUCCAAACUCAACUCCAGGUCUAUUUUUCUACCAGAGAGAGGAGGCGCAAACUCCCCUCCCCCACCCGCCCCAGUUCCCUCCCCACCCUCGAAUGUUCUGCACUUUAUACUUGGAUUCUGAGCUUAGGAGAAUUGGGGGACCCCUCUCUCCACGCCUCACCAGUCCUUGGGGAGCCCCAUGUUGAGGUUCUGCGAAAGAGGAACUGGGAUGCUGGAGGGGGUGGCUGGAGGACCCCCCCCCAUGACUUCCGCCUCCACCCUCCACCUCCCUGCCUGCGUGUGUCAUUUCAAAGGAAACGAACAAAAGGAAUAAAUUUUCUAAGCUCC